AAUACUAAAAAUCAAACAAACAGAUCGCCUACAUCACUCUCUCAUUUCUCUCUCUAGCUAUGGCGACAGAGAGACGAAACCCUAGUCUCCUCUCUCUCAUUGUCCUCUCUCUCUUCGCGAUCGCCUCUGCAGAAGUCUUCUUCGAAGAACGCUUCACCGAUGGGUGGGAGAAUCGGUGGGUAAAGUCUGACUGGAAGAAAGAUGAGAAAAUGGCUGGGGAGUGGAACUACACUUCUGGUAAAUGGAAUGGAGAUCCUAAUGAUAAAGGCAUCCAAACCAGUGAAGAUUACAGAUUCUAUGCUAUAUCGGCUGAGUUCCCUCAAUUGAGUAACAAGGAUAAGACAUUAGUCUUCCAAUUUUCUGUUAAGCAUGAACAGAAACUUGACUGUGGUGGUGGCUACAUGAAGUUACUCAGCGGUGAAGUUGAUCAAAAGAAUUUUGGUGGUGAUACCCCAUAUAGCAUCAUGUUUGGACCGGAUAUCUGUGGCUACAGCACAAAGAAAGUCCAUACUAUUCUUACUUAUAAUGGGAAAAACCAGUUGAUUAAAAAGGAUGUUCCUUGUGAGACUGACCAGCUGACUCAUGUUUACACAUUUAUCCUCCGCCCUGAUGCUACCUACAGCAUCCUCAUUGAUAACGAGGAGAAGCAAUCUGGUAGUCUGUACUCUGAUUGGGAUCUUCUCCCACCAAAGAAAAUUAAGGACCCAGAAGCCAAGAAACCUGAAGAUUGGGAUGACAAAGAAUACAUUCCCGAUCCAGAAGAUAAGAAGCCAGAGGGCUAUGAUGACAUCCCUAAGGAGAUAACCGAUCCUGAUGGUAAAAAGCCUGAAGACUGGGAUGAUGAGGAAGAUGGUGAGUGGACACCACCAACCAUUCCAAACCCCGAGUACAAGGGUCCAUGGAAGGCUAAGAAAAUUAAGAACCCCAAUUACAAAGGGAAGUGGAAGGCACCUAUGAUUGACAACCCAGACUUCAAAGAUGAUCCGGAUCUCUAUGUUUUCCCAAAAUUGAAGUACGUUGGAAUUGAGCUGUGGCAGGUAAAAUCUGGAACAAUGUUUGACAAUGUCUUGAUUUGCGAUGAUCCGGAGUAUGCAAAGAAGCUGGCAGAAGAAACAUGGGGAAAGAACAAGGAUGCAGAGAAGGCAGCAUUUGAUGAGGCAGAGAAGGAGGACUCAAAGGAUCCAGUUGAUUCUGAUGCCGAGGAUGAAGACGAUGCAGAUGGUGACGAUGCAGAAGGAGAUGAUGCCGAAGACAAGAAAGCUGGUACAGACAGUGAGGAUGAUGAUAAACACGAUGAGCUAUAACCUGGUCUCUAAGGUGAGAGAACCUGCAAUGUUCUGCUGCUGACAAUUAGGAUUUUCGAGAUAAUCUUUGGUAAUCAACCAAAAUUUUACCUUUUUUUUUUUUUUUUUUUUUUUUAGCUUGUAGUUUACUAGUAGGGAAGUAAAGAGUCGGAGGCUGCAUCGAUCUGAUUUGACUUUCUGGGCAUUGGAACAAAGAACCAAAGGGAAACCUAUAUGAUUUUUGUUUCGAAUUUAUGAAAUGGUUUGGAGUUGGAACUCA